UGUCGUCGUGGUGUUAAUUAGAAAAUCGAUCGUUUAACGCGCGCGUCUCGUCGGUCCGGCGAUCGUUGUGUCGACGUCGACGGUCAGUGGUCAGGUCCGCAUUACCCCCGCGCUCGCGAGAUAUGUCGUACACGCGCAAGCACUUCAAGAGGACGCCGGUCUACGUGGUGGAGGAUCACGAUGAGGUCUUACCGUACAUAUAUCGAUGUAUGGGGUCGAAGCAUCUGCCCUUCGAAGGUAACACCUUCGUGCAUCUGGAUUCGCAUCCAGAUAUGCUGAUACCGAAGGAGAUGCCGGCCGAUGCGGUCUGGGACAAGGAUCGACUGUUUAGCGAGAUCAGCAUCGAAAAUUGGAUUCUGCCUGCAGUGUACGCGGGUCAUCUUAAGAACCUGAUCUGGGUGAAACCACCGUGGGCGAAUCAGAUGACCGACGGUAUACUGACAUUCCUCAUCGGCAAGCAUAAGGAGACCGGCGUGAUAAGCUCAAUAAUAUAGAAAAUAGGGCGAAUGCACAUCGCUGUUUGUACCAAUGUCGAGCUCUUAAUUUUACUACAAUUAAAUUUCUCUUGAUGUC